UCAGUUCCCGAGUCAGUGAGCGUCUCCGCUUCAUGCUCGCUGGAAGUGAUCUGUUCACAGCACCCGGCCGAGGUCUGACCCGUAUCAGAGGUGCAUGGGAUGCGUGAGCGUGUAUCUUGUCUUCUGCCAUGUGUGAGUGUCUGCGAGGGAUCUUCCGUGUCACCUGGACACCCUCUUCAGACGCAGACUCUGACCGAGAGGACAGUCAUGGGAAUCCAGAAGCCAGAGAUUCACCUGUAAACAACAAAAGACGCUCUCCCCCCUCAGACAGGCCUAGCUUAGGCGCUCAUCUAAGUACACACCACAGCAUCUCUCCUGAUGAACAGGACAGCCCAGAGCGAAUUGUUCAGAAGGAAAAACUCCAUGCAGAACUAAAACAAGUUUUGAGUCAGAAGAGAAGCCAGCUUAGAGACACCCAAACCACCCUCACAGAGAUGGAGGAACCCCCCAAGACAGACAAUAAGAAUGAGGUGGAGAAGGACAACCAGUUGUCAGAGCUUGUGGAAAUGGUUGUUGAAACAAAGGCUGAGGUUGGAGCUAGUGGGUACAGUGUUGUGGGUGGAGGGGAGCAAGGCAUCUUCAUCAAAGAGGUCUUGAAAGACUCCCCAGCAGCAAAGCACCUCAGUCUACAGAAAGGAGAUCAACUGCUAAGUGCCAGGGUGUAUUUUGAUAACGUCAAAUAUGAGGACGCAUUAAAAAUUCUUCAGUGUGCAGAACCCUACAAAGUGUCCUUCUUUUUGAAGAGGACUGUGCCAGGAAGUGAAGUCAGCAUACGUCCAGGUGCACAAAAUCUUGAGCUCAGAGGACCUAAGGCCAAGAUGCAAAAAAUGAGCGUCAAAAGUGUGAAAUCAUUCAAAACCAAGAAAAGGAGAGGAGGAAGAUUUGGAUUGAAAAGAUUGAAAGAGAACAAAAAAUCAAGAGCACAGGCAGAGAUGGACGUUGAUGGAUCACCUGGUAGAUCAGACCUCAGUCCUGUUGAUGUUGAGUUUGUGUUCCCGAAGUUCAAGAUAAGGAAAGGUGGGAAGGCCACUGCAGAUGGAUCAGAACAUCUGGAGGGUGUUAUCACUAGUACUAAGAAGAAGAGGAUGAUCAGAUUUCCAAAGAUGAAGGCCAUGGAUGCUGCUGUUGGUGAAGGGAAGGUCAGUGUAGAUAUUUCAACACACAAGGGAGAGGCCUCUGGAUCCAAGCUGAAAGCCAAGAAGAAAGGUCCAAAAUUUGGAAUGAAUUUCCCAAAAAUUAAAAAGUCAAAGUUAGAUUUACAAUCUUCAAAUGACAGCUUUGAGGUAAAAGAACUAGAAGGCAAAUUUAGGCCUCCAUCAGUAGAGUGUGAUUUCAACAUGCCUCAGGGCAAGGCUGAAACUAAUGUUUCUAAUUUUGAGGUUAGUGUUAAAGGAAAAGGAGAGGGUCCUGAGAUAAAAAUGCCAAAGAUAAAUCUGGAUGUCUCAGAUACAAAGGUGAAAGUCCCAAAGUUCAAACUGCCAAAUGUAAGACUUUCUUGUCAUUCAGAUGAAUUUGAUGGAGAGGCAAGGAAAGAGACUGAUACAUCUGAAAAUAAACUGAAAAUGCCCAACAUUGACAUCAAAGCACCAAAUGUGGAUUUGGACUUGCAACUCCAAAAGACUAAGGGCAAGGCUGAAUUCAAAGAUGUUGAAGUUCCUGACUGCACUGUAAAAGGAACAAAAAUUAACAUCACCAAGCCUGACACAUCAUUACCAGAGCUAAACCUUGAUGCAAAACAAAAAUUUGGAGAUGACAUAGAUGGAUCCAUAGACAAAGACCAUAAGAUUUCCCUCCCCAAACUUGACAUUGCAGGGCCCAAGAUAGAGACCUCAGAUGUGGACAUUAGUCUUCCUACAUUAGAUGUGUCAUUACCAAAGAUGGCUGCAAAAAGCAUUGAUACUGAGGGACAUGCGUGUGCUGGGGUAAAAUUAGAAAUGACAAAAUUAGACAUCUCUCUUCCAAAAAUAACAUCCCCUGAGGGUGAGGUCAUAUUUGAAGAACCUGGAGCAAAAUGUGGAACCAUUCACAAGCCAAAUAUCAUUAUUCCAUUACCAAAAGGUAAAGGUGAAGCAAAGGUGGAUGGUCAUUCUGAGAAAGGGCCAAGUGUGAAAAUGCCAAAAAUAGACAUUUCCCUCCCCCAAAUAAAAUUACCACAAGGUAAAAUUGAUAUUGAAGGGCCUGAGGUCGACAUUUCUUUGCCGAAAGAAACACUAAAGGGGGAUGCAAAUAUUGAGGACCACUUUGGAAAAGGGGGAACGACUAAAAUGCCAAGAGUAGAUGUCUCCCUACCUAAUGUAAAAUCAUCCGAGCAUGCCAUUGCUGAGGGGCAUGAUAUUAAAGCAGGAAAAUUGAGUAUGCCAUCAAUUGAAAUUUCACUUCCUAUAGGCAAAACUGAGGUUGGAGCUGAUAUUUCAUUACCAACAGAAAAAACAAAUGAACAGAUUAAUCUUGACGUUGAGAUGGGAGAUAAGUUUCAGAUUCCUAAAUCUGAUAUAAGUCUACCUAAACUCAAAUUAGGAGAAGUUGAUUUUGAUGUUAAAAGAACAGAUGGGAUGUUUCACAUGCCAGCAAUUGAUAUUUCGUUGCCACAUAGAAAAGACCAAAAAGAUAUUAACGUGGAACCCUCUAGUAAAGGUGGAAAUGUUGAAAUGCCAAAGGUUGAGAUCUCUCUGCCUGCAGUGAAAGCUUCUGGUGUUGAGACUACCUUGCCAAAAAUGAAGUCACCACAAGUCGACAUCAGUAUCGAAGGGUCUGACAGCAAAAGAUUGAACAUGCCAUCUGUUGAUAUAUCAUUUCCAAAAGUAACAGACACAGGUAAUGUUGAUCUCAAGAGACAUUCAGGAAAAAUAGGAAAGUUUGAUAUUCCAAAACUGGAUAUUUCCUUACCAAAAUUUGAAUCAACCAAAGGGGAACUCAGCAUGGAAGGACUUGAAUUCAAAGGUGGCGAAUUAAAUAUACCUUCUUAUAAUAUCUCCUCAACAGAGGUUAAAACAGGGGGCGAUGUUUCUCUGGAGGGAGAACCCAAAAAGGGCGCAAAAUUUAAAAUCCCAAAAUUGGAUAUUAAUUUAUCACAAAUAAAAUCAGUAAGGACUGAAACAAAUAUUGAAGGACCUGAAGUGAAAGGUGGAAAGAUAGAUAUGCCAGAUGUUGACAUUUCUCUUCCACAAGGUAAGGUAAAAGGAGAUGGCAAAGUUAAUGUCAGAAAGGUGGGCAAGUUUCAUUUGCCUCAAGUUGAUUUAUCACUUCCAAAGAUGAAAGCAAGAUCUGUGGAAGUUAAUAUUGAAGGACCUGAGGUCAAAGGAAGCAAAGUUCACACACCUUCCCUUGACAUUUCUUUGCCUAAAGUUAAAACAGAGACAAACAUUGAUAUAGAAGGCCAUUCUGGAACAGAAAUAAAGUAUGAAAUGCCAAAAAUAGAUGUUUCACUGCCAAAAGUAAAAGCUCCAGAAGGAGAUGUGGCUGUCGAAGGACAUGAAAGAAAGGGAAGGAAAUUUGGAAUGCCUAAAUUUGAUGUUUCCUUGCCUAAAUUAAAACCAUCAGCAGGAGAAAUCAGUGUUGAAGGCCACGAUAUCAAGGGUGGAAAGUUUCACAUGCCCUCUAUAGAUAUCUCUCUGCCAGGAGGAGGAACAGGAGGAGAUGCACAUGUUGAAGGACAUGGUGAAAAAGGAAGAAAAUAUGAAAUGGCAAAAUUAGAAGUUUCUUUGCCAAAAUUAAAACCAUCAGGAGGUGAAAUCGACAUUGAAGGCCCUGAUAUCAAGGGUGGAAAAUUUCACAUGCCCUCUAUAGAUAUCUCUCUGCCUGGAGGAGAUGUAGAUGUAGAAGGACCUAAAGGAAAAGGAAGAAAAUUUGAAAUGCCUAAAUUUGAUGUUUCCUUGCCUAAAUUAAAACCAUCAGAAAGUGAAAUCAAUGUUGAAGGUCCCGAAAUCAAGGGUGGAAAGUUUCACAUGCCCACUAUUGAUAUCUCACUGCCAGGAGGAGGAGCAGGAGGAGAUGUAGAUGUAGAAGGACCUGCAGGAAAAGGAAGAAAAUUUGAAAUGCCUAAAUUUGAUGUUUCCUUGCCUAAACUAAAACAAUCAGGAGGUGAAAUCAAUGUUGAAGGUCCCGAAAUCAAGGGUGGAAAGUUUCCCAUGCCCACUAUUGAUAUUUCUCUGCCAGGAGGAGGAGCAGGAGGAGAUGUAGGUGUUGAAGGACCUGCAGCAAAAGGACGAAAAUUUGAAUUGCCUAAAUUAGAUGUUUCUUUGCCUAAAUUAAAACCAUCAGGAGGUGAAAUCAAUGUUGAAGGUCCCGAUGUCAAGGGUGGAAAGAUUCACAUGCCCUCUAUAGAUAUCUCUCUACCUGGAAGAGGAGGAGGAGGAGAUUUAGAUGUUGAAGGGCAUGCAGGAAAAGGAAGAAAAUAUGAAAUGCCUAAAUUUGAUGUUUCCUUGCCUAAAUUAAAACCAUCAGGAGGUGAAAUGGACAUUGAAGGUCCCGAAAUCAAGGGUGGAAAGUUUCACAUGCCCUCUAUAGAUAUCUCUCUGCCAGGAGGAGGAGCAGGAGGAAAUCUAGAUGUUGAAGGACCUGCAGGAAAAGGAAGAAAAUUUGAAAUGCCUAAAUUUGAUGUUUCCUUGCCUAAAUUAAAACCAUCAGAAGGUGAGAUCAGUGUUGAAGGUCCCGAUAUCAAGGGUGGAAAGUUUCACAUGCCCUCUAUAGAUAUCUCUAUGCCAGGAGGAGGAGCAGGAGGAGAUGUAGAUGUUGAAGGACCUGCAGGAAAAGGAAGAAAAUUUGAAAUGCCUAAAUUUGAUGUUUCCUUGCCUAAAUUAAAACAAUCAGGAGGUGAAAUCAAUGUUGAAGGUCCCGAUAUGAAAGGUGGAAAGUUUCACAUGCCCUCUAUUGAUAUCUUUCUGCCAGGAGGAGGAGCAGGAAGAGAUGUAGUUGUUGAAGGACCUGCAGGAAAAGGAAGUAAAUUUGAAAUGCCUAAAUUUGAUGUUUCUUUGCCAAAAUUAAAAUCAUCAGGUGACAUUGAUAUUGAAGGUCCCGAUGUCAAGGGUGGAAAGUUUCACAUGCCAUCUAUUGAUAUCUCUCUGCCAGAAGGAGGAGCAGAAGGAGAUGUAAAUGUUGAAGAACCUGAAGGAAAAGGAAGAAAAUUCAAAAUGCCAAAAUUGGAAGUUUCUUUGCCAAAAUUAAAAUCAUCAGGUGACAUUGACAUUGAAGGUCCCGAUGUCAAGGGUGGAAAGUUUCACAUGCCAUCUAUUGAUAUCGCUCUGCCAGGAGGAGGAGCAGAAGGAGAUGUAAAUGUUGAAGGACCUGAAGGAAAAGGAAGAAAAUUUGAAAUGCCUAAAUUAGAUGUUUCCUUACCUAAAUUAAAACCAUCAGAAGGUGAGAUCAGUGUUGAAGGUCCCGAUAUCAAGGGUGGAAAAUUUCACAUGCCCUCUAUAGUUAUCUCUAUGCCAGGAGGGGAAGCAGGAGGAGAUGUAGAUGUUGAAGGACCUGCAGGAAAAGGAAGAAAAUUUGAAAUGCCUAAGUUUGAUGUUUCCUUGCCUAAAUUAAAACAAUCAGGAGGUGAAAUCAAUGUUGAAGGUCCCGAAAUCAAGGGUGGAAAGUUUCACAUGCCCACUAUUGAUAUCUCUCUGCCAGGAGGAGGAGCAGGAGGAGAUGUAGGUGUUGAAGGACCUGCAGGAAAAGGAAGAAAAUUUGAAAUGCCUAAAUUUGAUGUUUCCUUGCCUAAAUUAAAACCAUCAGGAGGUGAAAUCAAUGUUGAAGGUCCCGAUGUCAAGGGUGGAAAGAUUCACAUGCCCUCUAUAGAUAUCUCUCUACCUGGAAGAGGAGCAGGUGGAGAUUUAGAUGUCGAAGGGCAUGCAGGAAAAGGAAGAAAAUAUGAAAUGCCUAAAUUUGAUGUUUCCUUGCCUAAAUUAAAACCAUCAGGAGGUGAAAUGGACAUUGAAGGUCCCGAAAUAAAGGGUGGAAAGGUUCACAUGCCCUCUAUAGAUAUCUCUCUGCCAGGAGGAGGAGCAGGAGGAAAUCUAGAUGUUGAAGGACCUGCAGGAAAAGGAAGAAAAUUCAAAAUGCCAAAAUUAGAAGUUUCUUUGCCAAAAUUAAAAUCAUCAGGUGACAUUGAUAUUGAAGGUCCUGAUGUCAAGGGUGGAAAGAUUCACAUGCCAUCUAUUAAUAUCUCUCUGCCAGGAGGAGGAGCAGAAGGAGAUGUAAAUGUUGAAGGACCUGAAGGAAAAGGAAGAAAAUUUGAAAUGCCUAAAUUAGAUGUUUCCUUACCUAAAUUAAAACCAUCAGAAGGUGAGAUCAGUGUUGAAGGUCCCGAUAUCAAGGGUGGAAAGUUUCACAUGCCCUCUAUAGAUAUCUCUAUGUCAGGAGGAGCAGGAGGAGAUGUACAUGUUGAAGGACCUGCAGGAAAAGGAAGAAAAUUUGAAAUGCCUAAAUUUGAUGUUUCCUUGCCUAAAUUAAAACAAUCAGGAGGUGAAAUCAAUGUUGAAGGUCCCGAAAUCAAGGGUGGAAAGUUUCACAUGCCCACUAUUGAUAUCUCUCUGCCAGGAGGAGAUGUAGGUGUUGAAGGACCUGCAGGAAAAGAAAGAAAAUUUGAAAUGCCUAAAUUUGAUGUUUCCUUACCUAAAUUAAAACCAUCAGAAGGUGAGAUCAGUGUUGAAGGUCCCGAUAUCAAGGGUGGAAAGUUUCACAUGCCCUCUAUAGAUAUCUCUAUGUCAGGAGGAGCAGGAGGAGAUGUACAUGUUGAAGGACCUGCAGGAAAAGGAAGAAAAUUUGAAAUGCCUAAAUUUGAUGUUUCCUUGCCUAAAUUAAAACAAUCAGGAGGUGAAAUGGACAUUGAAGGUCCCAAAAUCAAGGGUGGAAAGUUUCACAUGCCCACUAUUGAUAUCUCUCUACCAGGAGGAGGAGCAGGAGGAGAUUUAGGUGUUGAAGGACCUGCAGGAAAAGGACGAAAAUUUGAAAUGCCUAAAUUAGACGUUUCCUUGCCUAAAUUAAAACCAUCAGCAGGAGAAAUCAAUGUUGAAGGCCCAAAUAUCAAGGGUGGAAAGUUUCACAUGCCAUCUAUUGAUAUCUCUCUGCCAGGAGGAGGAGCAGAAGGAGAUGUAAAUGUUGAAGGACCUGAAGGAAAAGGAAGAAAAUUUGAAAUGCCUAAAUUUGAUGUUUCCUUGCCUAAAUUAAAACAAUCAGGAGGUGAAAUCAAUGUUGAAGGUCCCGAAAUCAAGGGUGGAAAGUUUCACAUGCCCACUAUUGAUAUCUCUCUGCCAGGAGGAGGAGCAGAAGGAGAUGUAGGUGUUGAACGACCUGCAGGAAAAGGACAAAAAUUUGAAUUGCCUAAAUUAGAUGUUUCUUUGCCUAAAUUAAAACCAUCAGGAGGUGAAAUCAGUGUUGAAGGUCCCGAUGUCAAGGGUGGAAAGUUUCACAUGCCCACUAUUGAUAUCUCUCUACCAGGAGGAGGAGCAGGAGGAGAUUUAGGUGUUGAAGGACCUGCAGGAAAAGGACGAAAAUUUGAAAUGCCUAAAUUAGAUGUUUCCUUGCCUAAAUUAAAACCAUCAGCAGGAGAAAUCAAUGUUGAAGGCCCAAAUAUCAAGGGUGGAAAGGUUCACAUGCCCUCUAUAGAUAUCUCUCUGCCAGGAGGAGGAGCAGGAGGAAAUCUAGAUGUUGAAGGACCUGCAGGAAAAGGAAGAAAAUUUGAAAUGCCAAAAUUAGAAGUUUCUUUGCCAAAAUUAAAAUCAUCAGGAGGUGAAAUCAAUGUUGAAGGUCCCGAAAUCAAGGGUGGAAAGUUUCACAUGCCCACUAUUGAUAUCUCUCUGCCUGGAAGAGGAGCAGGAGGAGAUGUAGAUGUUGAAGGGCAUGCAGGAAAAGGAAGAAAAUAUGAAAUGCCUAAAUUUGAUGUUUCCUUGCCUAAAUUAAAACCAUCAGGAGGUGAAAUGGACAUUGAAGGUCCUAAAAUCAAGGGUGGAAAGUUUCACAUGCCCACUAUUGAUGUCUCUCUGCCUGGAAGAGGAGCAGGAGGAGAUGUAGAUGUUGAAGGGCAUGCAGGAAAAGGAAGAAAAUAUGAAAUGCCUAAAUUAGAUGUUUCCUUGCCUAAAUUAAAACCAUCAGGAGGUAAAAUCAAUGUUGAAGGCCCCAAUAUCAAGGGUGGAAAGGUUCACAUGCCCUCUAUAGAUAUCUCUCUGCCAGGAGGAGGAGCAGGAGGAAAUCUAGAUGGUGAAGGACCUGCAGGAAAAGGAAGAAAAUUUGAAAUGCCAAAAUUAGAAGUUUCUUUGCCAAAAUUAAAAUCAUCAGGUGACGUUGACAGAGGUCCCGAUAUCAAGGGUGGAAAGUUUCACAUGCCCUCUAUAGAUAUCUCUCUGCCUGGAGGAGGAGCAGUAGCAGAUGUAGAUGUAGAAGGACAUGAAGGAAAAGGAAGAAAAUUUGAAAUGUCUAAAUUAAAUGUUUCCUUGCCUAAAUUAAAACCAUCAGGAGGUGAAGUUGAUGUUCAAGGUCCUGAUAUCAAGGGUGGAAAGAUUCACAUGCCCUCUAUAGAUAUCUCUCUGCCAGCUGGAGGAGCAGGAGGAGAUGUAGAUGUUGAAGGACCUGCAGGAAAAGGACGGAAAUUUGAAAUGCCUAAAUUUGAUGUUUCCUUGCCUAAAUUAAAACCACCAGAAGGUGAAAUCAAUGUUGAAGGUCCCGAUAUCAAGGGUGGAAAGUUUCACAUGCCCUCUAUAGAUAUCUCUCUGCCUGGAGGAGGAGUAGGAGGAGAUGUAGAUGUUGAAGGACCUGCAGGAAAAGGACGGAAAUUUGAAAUGCCUAAAUUUGAUGUUUCCUUGCCUAAAUUAAAACCACCAGAAGGUGAAAUCAAUGUUGAAGGCCCAGAUAUCAAGGGUGGAAAGUUUCACAUGCCCUCUAUAGAUAUCUCUCUGCCUGGAGGAGUAGGAGGAGAUGUAGGUGUUAAAGGACAUGCAGGAAAAGGAAGAAAAUUUGAAAUGCCUAAAUUUGAUGUUUCCUUGCCUAAAUUAAAACCACCAGAAGGUGAAAUCAAUGUUGAAGGUCCCGAUAUGAAAGGUGGAAAGUUUCACAUGCCCUCUAUAGAUAUCUCUCUGCCGGGAGGAGGAGCAGAAGGAGAUGUAGAUGUUGAAGGACCUGCAGGAAAAGGAAGAAAAUUUGAAAUGCCUAAAUUAGAUGUUUCCUUGCCUAAAUUAAAACCAUCAGCAGGAGAAAUCAAUGUUGAAGGCCCUGAUAUCAAGGAUGGAAAGUUUCACAUGCCCUCUAUAGAUAUCUCUCUGCCAGAAGGAGGAGUAGGAGGAGAUGUAGAUGUUGACGGGCCUGCAGGAAAAGGAAGACAAUUUGAAAUACCUAAAUUUGAUGUUUCCUUGCCUAAAUUAAUACCAUCAGAAGGUGAAAUCAAUGUUGAAGGUCCCGAUAUGAAGGGUGGAAAGUUUCACAUGCCCUCUAUUGAUAUCUCUCUGCCAGGAGGAGGACCAGGAAGAGAUGUAGUUGUUGAAGGACCUGCAGGAAAAGGAAGUGAAUUUGAAAUGCCAAAAUUAGAGGUUUUUUUGCCUAAAUUCAAACCAUCAGGAGGUGAAGUUGACGUUCAAGGUCCCGACAUCAAGGGUGGAAAGUUUUACAUGCCCUCUACUGAUAUCUCUCUGGCAGGAGAAGGAGUAGGAGGAGAUGCAGAUGUUAAAGGACAUGCAGGAAAGGGAAGAAAAUUUCAAAUGCCAAAAUUAGAUGUUUCCUUGCCUAAAUUAAAACAAUCAGGAGGUGAAAUCAAUGUUGAAGGUCCCGAAAUCAAGGGUGGAAAGUUUCCCAUGCCCACUAUUGAUAUUUCUCUGCCAGGAGGAGGAGCAGGAGGAGAUGUAGAUGUUAAAGGACAUGCAGGAAAGGGAAGAAAAUUUGAAAUGCCAAAAUUAGAUGUUUCUUUCCCUAAAUUAAAACCAUCAGGAGGUGAAAUUGACAUUGAAGGGCCGGAUAUCAAGGGUGGAAAGUUUCACAUGCCCUCUAUAGAUAACUCUCUGCCAGGAACCGCAGAGGAAAGGUUUAAACUGGGAGAUGACACUAAAAAAGGUAUAAGAUUUCACAUGCCCACUGUUGAUAUCUCUGUCCCUAAAAUGAAACUAACAGAUCGUGAACUAAAAGUUGGGUCAGAGAAGAAAGACAUAGAUUUGAACUUGACUCAUGAUUCUGAUAUAGAGACCAAAGCCUCUGGUGCCACAAUUAGUGAUUUAAAUGUCCCUGAAGUAACUUUAGGUGGGAACAUCAAGCUGCCAAGUGUGAAAAUACCAACUGUUGACAUAUCUGCUCCUAAAUUUGACCUGGACUUUACUCUUCCCAAGGGAAAGGGCAAUGAUAGAGAAAACAUUGAACUUCUUAAGGCAGAGGGUGGAAGGCCGUCAUCUGGGGCAAGUUUUGAUGUUCCAGAAGUCUCUUUAAAAAUGCCCAAAUAUUCACUUCCUAAAUUUGGCAGAAAAUUGAAAAGUGGAGACAAACUAAAACUGGAGAGUCCUGACUUAUCUAUAGAUUUCGAAAUGGAAAGAACAUCACCAUCUAAAAAUGAUACUGAAAUAAUUGGUCCUGACACUGAAAUUAAGAUAAAAGCAGGUGCUGAAGAAAUUACAAAACCAGAAUUCAGAGUAGAGAGUCCUGAAGAUAAGGUCAAAUCCAAGCUCAAAUUCCCCAAAUUCAAGACUACUCCUAAAGCAAAGCUCAAAGAUGUAGAAAUGGGUAUGCCUGGAUAUGUGGACAACAAAGGAAAGGUCAGAAUGCCAGCAGUUGAGAUAUCACUGCCAACAGCAAAUAUUCCAGAAUGUGAGGUAUUGCUUCCUAAACCUGAGGUUGAUGGAUCUGAGGCAAAUAUCAGAGGUUAUGAGGGCAGUUUAAAAAUACCUAAAAUGCCAACAAUUGACAUAUCAGUUCCAAAAGUUGAUUUGGAUGUUUCCUUGCCUAGAGUGAAACUUCAUGAACCUGUGGACUCUUCUGACUUAAUCAUUGAUGGUAGUAGGGGUACAGUAAAUUUUCCCCAUGUCAAGAUCCCUAAAGUAGACAUUUCACUUCCUCAUUCAAAAAUGGGUGGCAAAGAUAACCAUGAGGUGGAGGUUGGAAGGAAGGGUAAAUUAAGAAUGCCUGAAGUGGAAAUAUCAUUACCACAUGCAAAACAUGACACAUCAUACACUGACACUGAAAUUAAAGGUGAAAAGCUAAAAAUACCAAAAAUAUCAGUGCCUAGUGUUGAUAUAUCAUUGCCACAUGGAAAGGAAAAUGAUGAUCCUGAUAUAGAAUUUGGAGUGAAAGGGAGUAAAUUAAAAAUGCCAGACAUUAUAGUGCCCAAGAUAGAUUUAUCACUACCUCAUGGAAGGAAAGAAGAAAGUCACUCACUUGAUUCAGAACUAGAAGGUGGAACAUUAAAGAUGCCGAACAUUGAUAUACCCCUUCCUAAAAUAAAAUCUAAAGAUGUUGUUUCAGAACUUCGACCUGAUGUAGGAAAAGGUAAAGUCAUGAUCCCUGGGAUUAGUGGAUCUGUGGAAGUAAAAGGUGGACAAUGUAAAAUACCUGAUAUUAAUAUACCACAGGAAGACAUAUCAUUACCAGAAAGUAGAACUGGAGAGUUUGAUACCAAAGAGGGAGAAUCUGGAGGAGGGGGUAUAAAAUUGACAAUGCCAAAUGUUAAAAUCCCAAAACUAGAUACAGGAAUCUCUAGAGGUGCAGACAUGUCAGAUCCUUCUACUGAUGCAAGCCUUAAGGAUUCACAUAAAGAGGGUAAAAAGAUGAGGAUGCCUAAUGUGGCUCUAGAGCUGGAUCUUGGCUUAUCAAAAGACAGAAAAAAGAAUAAAAAGAAAUCUGAGCUUCAAGAUACUGAUCUGGAACCCUCACCAAAAGAAAAAAUAAAAGGGCCAAAAGUUAAAGGUACAAAAUUUAAUAUUGGAAUGCCAAAAGUAAAAGUUUCUGGAUUAGAAACUGACAUAAACAAGUCUGGAAAAAUGGAUGCCAAAUUUCUAAAAGGAGGAACUGAUGCAAACUUGAAAGCUGAUUUACAAGCACCAAAGAUUCCCGACUUUGAAAUUGAGACUGCCCAAGCUGACACUAAUAAUUCUGAUGAAGAUAAAAAGCAGACUGGUAAAGUCAAAAUUCCAAAGUUUGGGAUUCCUCUGCCUUCUUUAAGUUCACCUGAAGCCAACAUCAAAUCAUCUCAGGGAAAAGGUCACUCGAUAAACAUAGACUCCAAGGUAGAGUAUGAAAGCCCACAUCUGCCAAAAGUAACAAAAGCUGUUUUUGUUAUGGUGAAUCCACAAAUGGAGAGCUCUGCUAGUGUAGGUGGUGAAGCAAGUGCAGAAAUUGGAGAUGUGAAGAUCAAACAGCCAAAGAUCAAAAUGAAGCCAAGUUUUGCCAAGUCUCGAUCAAAUGAAAAGGGGAAAGCAAUAUAUUGCGAAGAUGAGGUGGAAACUGAGGGUAAGUCCAAAACGGGUAAGAUUAAAUUGCCCAAAGUCACAUUCUCGUCUGGGCAGAGAGGAUCAUUUGAUGUAACACCAAGUGGAUCUGAUGAUGGAACAAGUCCAAGUCUAAAUGGUGACAAAGAUGAAAAACUAAUGUUUGGAAAGCUUAAAUUGCCUAAAGUGGAGUUUUUCUCACCAUACUCAAAAAAUGUAAGUGAGGAAGAGGAAAUGGAAACAAGCAUGAAACUCAGGAAGGAGAGCUCAGAAGAAAGCAAAGAGAGCAAGGAGUUAAAGACAAUAUCAGGCACAAUGUCUUUCACAGGUCUCAAGAAGAAAACAGAGAAGGAUGAGGAGGUGAGAAAGAUUAGUACUAUAGUGUCCUCAAAAGCAAGGACUGAAAUGUUGGCAGAACGGGAGGGAUCAGAGUCUCCAGUACCCACAGUAUCAUCUGGAUUCGUCUCUGUAAUGAAGUGUGAAGAAAGAGAGGAGACGACAUGGUUCAAAGUACCCAAGGUCACCCUUAGUCCCCAUUCUACUGACAUCCUUCAUAUCACACCAGAAAGCUCUCCAAAAGGAAGCAAGUCUUCUCUUCCUUGUUCUAGCGAGGGAGCCUCAGGAGGUUUCUAUGUGAAGAUGCCAAGUGUAGAAUUUUUGACCCAUGAAAUGCCCUCAGAGCAUCUGAUUACUAAAACAGAGGGAACUCUUACUGUAGUGACUAAGACGACAAAGUAUACAGAAACAAAAGGUACCAGUGAAACCGUAAGAAUCUCAGUUACAGAAAUGUGACCUAUAAUCAGUAGUGGAAUAAUAAUUAGGCUCACAUACUUGUAUGUGACAAUUGUUUCAGUCUUGCAGGUUUUUUUCUAUUCAAGGUAAAGAAAGCAAACAUAUUUUCUCCAGUUUUUGCAAGAAAAACAUAACUUAUACAAAAUGAAAAUGUUGCUACAAAAAGAAUAUUAUUUAUUUUAGACAUUAUUUUAUGUUUUAUUUAUUUUAUUUUAUUAUUUAUGUUUUUUAACUUGCCACUCGGUAUGACACUUUAAAUUGAUAAAGAUCACAUAUAUUUACACAAAAAUAUUUAGUUGUAGAUAAAAAAACAACAACAUAGGCACAAAUAUGUAGAACAGACAGAUGCAAAGAUAUUUAAAAACAUCACAUUUUAACAUUUUCUUAUGAUUUUCUUGUGCAGUCUUGCAUGACAUUUAUGCUGGAGAAUUACAGCAUUUUGGUAAUAUUGCUUUGGUUUUUCGAUGCCUGGUUUGUCUCUGUUAUGGAAUUUUGUUUAUUUUAGAUACUGUUAGAAAUACGUGUACUAUUUUUACAUAUUUAUAUGCAUGAUCUGUACAGAUAAGACACUAAAAAGAAACCCUGUAAUGUAGAGUAUUUUUGUGAUACAUAUUUUUGUGACUUAAAAAAAAUUUUCAAUCACAUUUUCUAAGGAUUGUGACAUGCUGCACCAGAAAGCAUUCCUCUGUUCAGGAGAAAUGCUCUGAAUUCUUAUGAAUUGAAAACACUGAGUGUGAAAUAUUUUUCUUUUACUUUCUUUUUAAAAUUAACUCUUGUGUUGGUGAUGGAAUUAGCCUACAUGCGGGCAAUAUAUCAUUGUAAAUAUACUAUAUUUAAGGCAGGUUUAAUUACGAAAAUGCAUGUUUGUAAUGUGUUUUUUUUUUUUUUUUAAAUAAUCAUUUAGAUGAUGCUUAUCUCCAUCUAAUGGAAAAAUAGAACAGUCAAAUAAAAUAUUACAAUUCUAA